AUGGAAAAGCGCGUGUACGUGUGGGGCUCAGGAGGUACUGGACAGCUCGGAUUGGGCACCGAGCUCGACUACUCGCUACCUCAACGUUGGACCGACAAUGACCAGGUGGCCGUGGAACCCGAGUCCGUCACGUCCGGUGGUUGUCACAGUGCAGGAAUCAGUAGCGAUGGGCAGCUUUUUCUAUGGGGAUCGGACGACCGAGGCCAGCUCGAGUGCUCGGCAUCAGCGCCAGGACGGACGUUCGUGAACGUACCCAGCCAGCACGUCGCAUCCAUACCACACGACAGCAAAACCAAGCUCGUGGCGUGCGGCUGGUGGAACACGCUUGCAGUCAUCUCGUCGUCGACCUCGGACGACGAGAUGAGCGAGAUCGAUCGAGUCUUGUCGUGGGGACCAAACGAUCAGUUCCAGCUGGGUCGCGAGCAAAAGGCAGAUGAUUGCAAAACUGCGCAGGUCGAACACUUGCCUCUGCGCUUGCAAGUCGCGAGCAUUGCGUGUGGCUGGAAGCACUGUCUUCUCGCUACGGCUGAAGGCGACGCGUUUGCAUGGGGAAGCGGGCGGCAUGGUCAGCUUGGACUGGGACCUCAUACUCUGGUGACAGCUAUCCCUCUGCGUAUUGACGCGUUCAACAAGACAGGAGUCUCCGACGUCUUCUGUGGAUGGGAACACUCGGUCUUUAGGACCUUCAACGGUGAAGUCUUGACGUGCGGGAACAAUCGACACGGGCAAUUAGGUGCACGCGAGACUUCAGCUAUCUCUUCUUCCGCAUACCCACACGAGAAUCGGAAACACGUCUGUGGAUCACCCUGUCGUGUGCUCGACCCACGCAACACCAUCCAAAGUCUCCGCACGACUCAAGUCAGCUGCGGCUGGCACUUUGUCAUGUGCCUCACCGAGUGUGGAGAGCUCGUGACGUGGGGCAAAGGAAGUCACGGUCAGUUGGGUCUUGGUCAGUUUGUAAGCGCUAGCGGGCCGCAGCUCGUGGCGUUUCCGCAUACCGUCGAACAAAUUGCAUGCGGCAGCGAGCAUUCCAUGGUCGUCACUAAACAAGGAGAUCUGUACACAUGCGGCUGGGGCGAGCACGGCAACCUCGGUCAUGGCGACAAGACCAACCGCGCGACGUUGGACAAGGUGGAUUACUUCCAACAUACGAACCAGACAGUCGUUCAUGUUGCAGCCGGUGGAGCAGUCUCCAUCGCUGUCACAAGCAUGCACAAACACACGUAA